AUGUACCAUUUUUCCGGUCCCAAGGCGUCACGGAACCCGCCACUACCACUGCUACUGUCACUUCCCCGUCUACUCCUGUCAUAUGACGAGAAAGGUACUGAGGAGGUGGAAGAUGACGGUAUUGGGACGGGUAUAGGUGAGGUGGUAGAUGUGGAAGUUGAGGCUGUAGUUGACGAUGCUGGAGCAGCGGUGGCGGAAGCUGCCGGUCCCGGGGAGGAUAGAGGAGUUCUUGACGAAGGCGAAGGAAAAUGGUUAGACGUUGAUGAAGCCGCUGCUGCUGCGGCAAUAGUGGAUGGAGGGUUGGUCGUUGACAGCGGUGAAUUCGAAGGAGUAGGGUUUGAAGUUGCCUUGGUGGCUAUUGUUCGAGCACCGGUUGUAUUUGAUGAAGAAGAAGAGGGCGAAGAGUAUGAGGAGGAGCCAAUAUGUGAUGAAGAUGGGCCUGGAGACGGCGGUUUUGACGCUGCUGGUCCUUUAUAUGCCGUUUGCGCCCUAAAGGCCGCAAGGAAGUUGGCUAAAAACGGCCGGUUGGUAGUCAUGGCUGCAGACACGCGUGUAUGGCUGGCUUCUUCGGAUGACAUCGACGAGCUGAUGAUGUUCUUCUAUUCAGGAUACUGGAUCUAUCUCUCCGAUCUGGUGGCGUAUGGCGCGGCGCGGCGUGGCGUGUAG